CUUUGCUUGGCGGCUGCUGGGGAAGCUGGCGAGAGUGCGCCCCAGGUUAAGCAGGGGAAGAAGCCUGUCUCUGUAGCCCUUACGGAAACCACGGAAGGGAGCAAAUGACCAGAUCCAACCUGUACUUGUAUCUUACUCUCCGUCAAAAAUAUUUAUUCUGCUGAUACUGAAGAGGAUGUGUUCCAAGGACAUACUUUGUUGUCAGAAAGUCCAUUAUCAGAGGAGCUUCAUUCCCAGAGGAUUCAUUAUUCAAGGUGAAAUAUUAGAUUAUUUCAAAAGCUGGAGCCAAAUGUAAUGUUAAAUAAUGGCAACAGGUGACUUAAAAAGAAGCUUACGGAACCUAGAACAAGUUCUUCGUUCACUAAAUUAUCCUCAAGAGGUGGAUUGUGUUGGUUUGGUAAAGGGAGAUACAGCAGCAUCUUUGCCCAUCAUCAGCUAUUCCCUUACCUCAUAUUCACCUUAUGUAGCAGAACUUCUGAUGGAAUCCAAUAUAGAGCUCAUAGCGAAGAAUGACUUGCGCUUUAUAGAUACCGUCUAUAAGCUUCUUCGUGAUCAAUUUAAUUAUAAACCAAUCUUGACAAAAAAGCAGUUUCUCCAGUGUGGAUUUGCAGAAUGGAAAAUUCAAAUUAUUUGUGAUAUUUUGAAUUGCGUGAUGAAAAAGCACAAGGAAUUGAGUAGUCUUGAGAAGAUUCCCUCACAACAGAGAAAGAAAGUCAGUUCUGUUAAGUCAGAACCUUCUUCAAGCACUGAGAAGACAUCUACAGAACCUGUUGGCAUUGACAUCACUGGCCGGUUUAUGACUUCAGGAAAGAAAAAAGCUGUGGUGAUCCGUCACCUGUAUAAUGAAGAUGGUGUUAACAUUCCUGAAGAUACGAUAAGUACUGUAACAGAUGUUAGUGAAACAUUUGAUGUGUGUAACUUAAAGACUACUGAAACAAAGAUUCCUGAAGUAAAGUUCCCUGAAAUCAAGUCUGAACAACAAGAUGUUCAAAUCAAUCCUGAGAUUACUGUACUACAGACUAUGCUUGUUGAAUGCCAAGAAAAGCUUCAGAAACUGACUUUGGUAGAGAGUAGAUUAGACUCUUUGGAAGAAAAAAUGAAAGGAAAAGUGAUGGUAAAUGAAAAAAUGUGGACUAAUCUUCUAAGUCGUAUCACUCUUCUUGAAACAGAAAUGCUUCUGUCUAAAAAGAAUAAUGAAUAUAUAGACUUCAGUGAAAUGAAUGAAGACUACGAAUCUAGUAACGACAUGGAUAUUCUGAGUCCCGCUGGAAAAAGAAAAGAGGAGAGGCAAACAAGUAUUCCUCUAUCCUCUGGCUAUAGUACGGUGUCAUCAGAUGGAACUCCCAGAACCUCAGCUGGUAGUUACUGUGGUUUGAAAGAGAAUUCAGAGGAAACAACAAUCCAGAAAAUGGAAAGGAUGAAAAAAAUGUUUGAAGAAACCGCAGAGUUACUGAAAUGUCCAAAUCACUAAUUAUAGAAUUGUCUGCCUCAACUUCUCUAGGACUUUGGCUACUGUACAUAUUGUAUAUUUAAGAAUUCUCUAUAAAUUUUAAUAUGCUACAAUGUUUUUAUGAAGAAUUUGAAUUCCAUUUGGUAUAUGAGUUUUUUCAAUAUUGAAUAAAUACUUUUUAUGCUAU